CCAACUGUAACUUGGGCACCCAUAGCAACAGCUUCGCCUCCUGAGGAUGAAGUGGCCCAGGUGAAGUGUGGACCAGGCCCAAUGGCCAGCUCGGGGACUGAGGUCCACUGGGCUGAGCCGGGCCUGGGGAAAGGGCCCCGGCCCCGGCGGCGCUGGGCCUGGGCCGAGGAAGAGCAGGCAGCUGUUGGGAGUGGCUCCCAUGGCUGGGGAGAAGAAGGGCCCUUCCCCAGUGCCACCAGCCCAGAGCUCCUGGAAGACUUCCGCCUGGCCCAGCAGCGCCUACCGCCCCUGGAGUGGGAGCGGCAGACUAGUGGGCAUCAGGACUCCGAAUCUGGAGAGUCUGCAGAAGAGGAGAUUGAAGCAGAGGAUGUGGACAGUCCAGAAGAUUCCAACUUGCCUCUCUACUGGUUCCCUCAGCAGAAUUAUCAAUCGGACAUGACUGAAGAGGAGCCAGAUGAGGCCCUUGGAAGUCCUCAAGCUGUUGAGGAAGCUGGAGAGAGCUCCUCAUGGCUGGGGUAUGAGGCUGGCCUCAACUCAGAAGGCAAUGGUUCUGUGGCUUUGAGGCAAGGUCAGGCUAGAAGCUGGGUGGCCUCUGACAAUGAAAGCAGUGGAGAUAAGCUUCCAGAACAUUCUGAGGUCAACCCAUCUGUUGAGCUCUGCUCUGCAAGAUCCUGGAGCAGUGGGACUAUGAGCCUCGGCCACCCCAGUGACAUCCUUGAUUCUGCCUGGGAAGGAGAGACCCGUGUCCUCCAGCCCACUGCCCUGGCAGAAACCUUACCACAGAGUCCCAGCUGCCGCCUCCUAAAUCCAAAUGACAGAACUAGAGGAAGUGUUGCUCAGGCAACCCUCACAGAAUUCCGUGAUUCCUCUCCACCCUCACCCCACAGCCGCCAGUGUCGUGGAGAUGGAUGGAAAGAGACCACUAGCCUCACCCACCCUCAACCCAGAGACCAAUCUUGGAAGCGGACAAGGAUACCCCCUAAACCACUCCCUUCCCGAUUCACUGGCUCUGUCGGCCCCCUGAACCCUCAGCAUAGGCCAGCCCAGCAGGAUAGACUGCUCAGGCAGGGAGCCACACUGGCUGGCCGCUCUUCUCAUGCCUCCAAGUAUGGCCGGGGGCGGCUAAAUUACCCACUCCCUGAUUUCUCCAAGGUGGGACCCCGAGUGAGGUUCCCCAAAGAUGAGAGCUACCAACCCCCCAAGGCCAAGAGCCACAGCUGGCAGCCUCAGGGUGCUGCCCAGCCCCUGAUCUUCAAGUCACCUGCUGAGAUCGUGCGAGAGGUGCUGCUGAGCAGCGGGGAAGCCUCCUCAGCACAGGACUCACCUCUUUCACACCCCGUCACCAGGGUACCCCAAGAGUUCCAGACACCUGAACAAGCUACCAAGCUGGUCCAUCAGCUCCAGGAGGACUACCACAAGCUCCUCACCAAGUACGCUGAGGCCGAGAACACCAUUGACCAGCUGCGCCUUGGGGCCAAGGUGAACCUGUACGCAGAUCCACCCCAGCCCAGCCACAGUGUCCAUAUGGGAACAGUGUCACAGGGGACCAAGGUCUUGUCCUUCACCAUUCCACAACCUCGCACAGCAGAUUGGCGGCCCAGCCCCACCUCUGAGGUCUCUGAGGUCUCAGGAUGGCAGUCAGCCCAAGGAAAACUGAGUCCCUCCUCACCCACCAACACCCCCACCCCAGGGUGGCUUCCAGACAACCAGGGUGUCCCCAAAGACCAGCCCUCAACAGAGCAGACUCAGGCACUGGCAUCUCAGGCCAGGCGGUUCCUGGCUAAGGUGGAGUCCUUUGAAGACCUAGUGCGUUCAGGGCGGCUCACACCACAGGACCAACUCAAGGGCUUCCAGCGGCUCAAGUCUGCCCAUGCGGCCCUGGAGGAGGAGUACCUGAAAGCCCACAAAGACCAGCACCUGGAUCAGCAGCCGGCCAGCUCCCAGGGAACAUCUGGGAAAUUUGAUCCUGGCAGAGAGCUGGAGGCAGAGAUAUUCCAACUGGGAAUUCGCCUGGAAGAGUUCAAGGACCACGUGGACCAGCACCAGCAGGAACCUGAGCGAAUAGGCUCAGACUUGGCUCUGGACAGUCCUCCAGCCUUGCCUUCCCCUGGCCAGCCAAUGGGUUUGCCCUCUCCUUCCGGACAUGGGCCCACACCAGCCAUCCAGCCUCCCUACCCUGAGCCGGACACCACUGGAGCUGGCCCUUGCUCUUUGCACCUGGACAUGGAGCUCAACUCCAUCAGCAGUGAGGUGGAGGGCAGGCCACGGGAGCUCCCAGCCUCGCUCGGGCACAAGGAACUGCAGGUGGAACAAGAUUUCCAUGGUCUCCUGGAGCGUUAUGUCAGUGUGAAGUCCCUUCCAGAAGCUCUGAGGGUGGAGGAGGACGAGGUGGAGCAGGGGCUUGUUCUGGAAGUUGAUGGGCCAGCUCCAGGAAGAGGAGAGACCACCAAACUCAUCCCGAGGCAGGUCCCGAGACAGGCUGAGAGAAGUCCCAGUGUGCGCCGCAAGGAGACUGUGGAGCAGAUGGUGUCUGUGAAGUCAUCAGGCUUGCCGACCUCUGUGGCCAGAGACGGGUGCCUGCCAGGCAUGGGCAAGGCCAAGGCAGCCCCUCUAGGCCCUGGCAUACCACACCCGCCUCAAGGCACCAAGUCUGCAGCAUCCCACCAGAGCAGCCUGACCAGCUUGGCAGGAAGUGGCAUCUCUGAACACCUUCCACAGAAGUCUUUCCGCCAAGCUGGCGGGUCCCACAUAGAGGAGCCCUGGAUGGCAUCCCCGGAGACAGACAGUGGCUUUGUGGGCUCAGAAACCAGCAGAGUGUCACCUGUCACCCAGACCCCAGAGCACCGGCUCUCUCACAUCAGCACCCCAGGCACAUCAGCGCAGCAAUUCACUGCACCUGUACCCCAGGAUGGAGCCUCCCAUGCUCAGGCCAGGGGUCCUACGGGCCCCAGAACAGCCGCUGAGCCCAGUACUCCCAGGAGCCGAGCCCACCGGCACCUCUCCAGCCCAGACAGUCCUGUCCAGCAGAGGGCACCCAGCUUUCGCCUGGGGCGCACAUUCACAGCAGAGAUGGCAGUCCCUUCCUCGGAGUUCAAGGGGCGAAAACUGAUUUCUGAGAAGCUCCUCCCAAGCAGAGCAGUCAGCCCACACCCCACCUCGGCCCCCACAGCUGCCGCUCUGACACACGGGCCGACAGAGACCAACUCCAGCCUCCUCCUCACCAGGACAGGACGAGACCAGGCCAUCCGCGAGCUACAAGAGGAGGUGUCUCUUCUCCGCCUGCGGCUAGAGGACAGCCUGCACCGGCCACCCCAGGGCAGCCCCGCUCACUCAGCCUCCACCUCUGUCUCUGCCUCCACUUCCAACCGUCCCACCCGGGCCCGGGACCGGCCAGCUGAUUCCUCAGUCACCUGGGGCUUCCACUCUGGCAGUAAAUCCACAGAGAGGUUGUCUGCGGAGCCUGGAGGUGCAGAGCAAGCCGUCCUCACAGGGAGGCGACGGGCCAGGUCCUCCUCGGUGCCUCGGGAGGUGCCCCAGCUGUCCCUGACCUCUGAAUCUGAGCCAGCCUCCCCCCGCAUCCCUUCUGAGAAGAGUAGGGCCACCAAGGACAGUCCACAGGCAGCUCGGGACAGAAUAAGAGGAGGGGUCACCUUCCGGGGCCAUUACACAGGCCAGGAGUACCAUGUCCUAUCCCCCAAGACAGUCCAGAAAAGCAGUGACACAGUCUCCUGUCCCCACUGCUGGCCCAUUAGGAACCAGGACCAAGGCACUGCUGCCACUAGGGACACAUUGGGACCAUCUCCAACCGAUUCCCCCCGGUGUCCUGUGUGUCACCGAGUUGUGCUCCCUGCAGAGGGACAUGGCCAAGACACCACCACCUCUGGAGCAGAAAAGACCACCCCAAGGAAGAACACACCUUCCAAUUCCAGCCCCAAGCGGAGGAGCAAGCCAGCGGGGUCACCACUGUACUCAGCCCCCGGGCUGUGGUAUCUGGCUGCAGCACCGACAACACCAGCCCCUCCAGCCUUUGCCUGUGUCUCCUCAGUGCCUAUCCUGCAGUACCCACCAGCCACUGUGUACUAUGUGUCCCCAGGACCUACCUCAGCCCAAACAGCCUCAGAGUGGCCCCCUGCAGCCCCCUCCCGUCCGGCCUCCAGGCACCGGCACUCCAUCCAGCUAGAUCUGGCCGGCCUAGAGGAGCUCAACAAAGCUCUGAGCCGUGCUGUCCAGGCCGCCAAGAGUGUCCACAUCACCACCAAGCAGAUGAGCCGCUCCCUGUCUGCCGACCUGCGCCAGGCCCGCGGCCUGCGGGGCUCCUGCCUCUUCUGA